AUGGUAGCAGGUGUAGGGGCACUUAUGGGGGCAGGUUUAGGAGUGGGAGUGGGAGUGGGAGUGGGAGUAGGUGUAGGCAUAGGCAUAGGCAUAGGCAUAGGCAUAGGCGUAGGCGUAGGCGUAGGAGCACUCAUGGAAGCAGAAACACUCGUGGGAGCACUCAUGGAAGCAGAAACACUCAUGGGAGCACUCGUGGGAGCACUCGUGGGAGCACUCGUGGGAGCAGGAGCCAAAGAAGAUGAAGAAGCACUUGGAGUAAAGUGA